UUAUUGGUGAACUCAUUUCACGCGCCCCUUGGUGGUGACGUCACAGUGAACAUGGCGCUCGGGUCGGUCAGGAGUUGCUUCGCGUCCUUCUCGUUUCUCGGCAGGAGCUUGACGUCGCCGGAGAUUAAAACUGUUUGCUGCUACCACAAAAAAGUGGUGGAUCACUAUGAGAACCCAAGAAAUGUUGGUUCCUUGGAUAAGACGGCCAAGAAUGUGGGGACCGGUUUAGUAGGAGCUCCUGCCUGCGGGGAUGUCAUGAAACUGCAGAUCCAGGUUGACGAGAACGGCAAGAUAGUGGAUGCCAGAUUCAAAACGUUCGGUUGUGGAUCAGCCAUCGCUUCAAGUUCCCUGGCAACAGAAUGGGUUAAAGGCAAAUCGAUUGAUGAAGCGCUGAAAAUCAAGAACACCGAGAUCGCCAAGGAGUUGUGUCUCCCACCGGUGAAGCUUCACUGCUCUAUGCUCGCAGAGGACGCCAUCAAGGCCGCGCUGGCGGACUACAAGCUAAAACAGAAGGAUGAGGAGAAAGUGGCGGAGGCUAGAAAUUAAACCGCACUGUUAAAUCUUUCUCUCUAGUGCAAACAAAUGCUUUGACAUCUUUGCAUAAUUUAAGUCUGGACUGUGCUGCCUAAAAACCAAACAUAUCCUUAUAGUAACAUCAUCCUAAAGUACUAUUGCAGCGUGUGUAGCGCCCCCUGCAGGGGUUUCAGAUUAAUGUCGUGUUUGCAUUGUCAUGAUUGCUCUGGGGUGUAGAGAGGAAGCAUUUACAUUUUUUUUGGAGUGAUGUGUGAAAUGGUGGUGGUUUUCUCUUAAUGUCUUUCUGAAUCACGCACAAAGAUGGAGGCAUUUGGUCUGGAUUGUUUUUUUUUGUUUCUUUGUUUUUUUUUACAGACUAUUGCAAAGAUUAAUCCAUGGAGCAAACCAGCAAGGAUUCACCAAAAAAAAUACAAGCAAGCUAUUUAGUCUUAGUAUGCUUGUUUAGAAAAGCAUUUCACUCCCACUGAUCCUGAAUACAACGUAUUGUCCUCAGGCACUAAAUGAUCAUAACAAAAGAACAUACCCACUUAUUACUAACACAAUGAAUGAGGCCGGAGGCAGUUUUUAAAAAUGUAUAUUUGUUUACAUUAAAUGUCCUGUAAAAAUGGCAGUUAUCAAUACACGCACAACUAAUCAAAAUAAUCAGAUGCUGUAUUCUAUUGUUGAAGCUUAAUAAAAUUGUAUAACUAUAA